AUGUCUCCGUACUGUGGGAACGAGUUCGCUUCUCCCGUGUUCAAUCGGUUGAGUCAAGGAGCCACAGUCGUCUUCGGAAUGCCCGACAUCAGUCGCCAAGCUACAACUGCAGCAUCGACGACAGCAACAGCUGUAGUGGAGAAAGGCGGGUUCUUCAUUUUCAAGGCAUCCUCGAUGGGUGAGGACGAGGACAAAGGCGACUGUCUCCUUUUCCAUCGACAAGGAACUUCGACCAAGCUCACACCCGAACAAUACUCCUCCAUCGCCCUUAAACUCAAGUCACACUCCUCACCGUGCCCAAUACAACAACAGGGGUCUGGGAGCGAGCGUGGUGCGUUUAGGUUCGCGGGUAGUGUGGAUGCGAGGAACGUCGCGGAAUGGCUUCAUUGGACGAGACAUGAGUUGGGGUGUUCGAGUUCGGUUUGCGUGAGGCAGGUGCAUUGGAGGUGUGUUGUCUCGAACUCGGGAAAGUCGUCGCCGUGGGUGGUGGUGGCUAAAUGUUAG